GAAAUAGAAAAGAGCAGUUUUUUUUCCAUCUAAAAUCACAAAAAUUUGUUUCGUUUCAGGACGAUGGUGUAGAGGAACUGAAAAAGGGAGAUGUAGCUAUGAUAUUUUAUAUGACAGUGACCAAUACUGGAGUUCAGGAGCCCCUGCAUUUGCUAGUCAGCAGUAAGAGAUGCUGUCGAAAAGUUGCAAGUGAUGAUGAAGAUUGCGAUUCCAUGAAACUCCACGGAGGAGAUAUGGGGAAACUUUUUCCUACUGAUAUCAGAAAUUUAACAUUGAUUUAUUCUAAUUUGUACCUGCAAGAUCGUGAAGGAUCAUGCGACAUCGAAAUUAAGACAGAAAAUGGAGCUGUCAUGGACCACAAGAUCCAAUUCGAUACGAAGCUCGUCAGAGAUGGUACAACUCGCAUUUCUAGACUCAUGGAAAACUAUUAUAAGCUGGAGGAUGUACAAUCGUGCGAGAACAUAGAUGAGAAUCCUUUGAAUAACUGCAAGCCUUAUGAUUGCGAAAUUCGAUAUGACGGAACCCGAAACUACGUCGACCCCGAGAACAAGAAAUGCAAAGUUCUUCCAAAAUGCUUGCCAGGGUCCAAAGAAGAAGAGACAUCGGGAUUGGCAUACCUCUUGGAGACGAAUACAUGCCUCAAACUCGUCGAAACGAUGGCAGAAAAGGAUUUUGAAGAAUUCAAAGAAGGAAAACCCAGCGUUAGGGGUCUCACACACGCUCACAGUUAUCCAAUAAAUGUUCAAUGUCACAAUGGUCAUAAAGAUCCUAAGGGACGGUGGUGUCUCUGUAAUUCCGGCUGGGACAGCGCUCCUUUUAACCACAAGACAUUCAAUCCAGACGUUCAGAUGUACCACAUGUGCACGGUAUGGAUGGGGCAGAUGAGCGCAGAGGAGGCCAGAAAUAUCACUGUCAUGCCCAAAAGUUUCCACAAGACUACCAACAUCGUCAUAUUCACUUUACUGGCUGUCGCCUUUAUGCUUCUGUUUGCUUUGUUAAUAUUUUAUCUGGUUCGUCAGAAGCCUUGGAAGAAAUCUCCCGCCUCUGCGAAGCCUGGAGAUGAACUGGAGAGAAUGGCAUUAACGGAAACACACGAUUCCGAAACCGAAUAGUGACGAAUGUAGCCGAAUUGUCUUUAAAAAGUUCAUCAACAAAUGCAUAAGAAAUUAUUUAAUAUCUUUAAAUAUCUAGAGCAAUAUUGGAUUUCAUACUUUUUCUGGGCUGAGAGAAUCAAAGCGCUGUGUAGUCAUUUAAUUCGUGAUUGGAUGUAGCUAUAUUUUUGAAAGUGACAUCUGACAAGUUGGCGUGACAUAAUAAGCCACUCGCAGCUUUCUUAACGGCGAAGUGCAGGAGUUAGUGCUUAUAUCGUAUAUCAAAGAAUUUGAGAUGUUGAGAAAAGAUUGAUUAAAAAGUUUUUACUAAACCACUAAAUUCUAAUCUUUUGACUCGAAAUGAUGCUUCCCAUAUCCUCAAGUUUUCGAGAUAUAUUUGUUAUGCACCGCAUUCAGCUUUAGGGGCGAC